CUGAAUAUUCUUUCAUCUUCUUUACCAUGAUGAGCAGCUACAGUACAUAUGAUUUUUUGGAUUGUUGGUCAGUCCAUAUACACAUUUGUAGAUUGCUAAGACAUCUCAAAAAGAGUAGACCUACUCCAGACUUGAACAAUUUACCAUAUAGCAUUCAGAGAGUAGAUUGUAGGAUGUAAUAAAACAAACACUACUUUUGAGAGAGUGUUGGUCCUAUUUAUUUUGUCAAUGACAUUUAUUUUUUCUUAUGAAUAAUUUCAAUAGCAUAGUUGACUAAUACUAGAAAUUUUCAUUAUUUUGUUCUGUUCUUUGCUUUUCAAUCAACAGGAUCAACAACUGGAUUUGGAACCUGUUGAGGAUCAGGAAACUUUUGAAAUUCAGGUUGAAUCAUUAAUGCAAGCACUCUUAAUUAUCAUCGUGGGAUACAAGGAGGACAUACUAGCCUUGAAUGAUGUUAUAACAAUGAUUGUAGACCUCUUAUACCAACAAGAAUCCUGAAGGAGUAGUAAUGGCAGGAAGAGUUACAAGAUCAAAAGGAAGAAAGUGUACACCAGGAAAUUAUGAGAAGUACCUGGGGAACAAAUAUGAAGACCCAGAAGGAUUUGAACCAAAGUUUCUCAACUCUGAAGUUGGACAUGGAUUAUUUGCUGUUAAAGACUUCCCGAAAGGUGCAUUUCUACUGGAGUACAAGGGAGAGACUAUAAGUGAGCAAGAAGCUGGGAGGAGGGAAUAUACAAGUCACCACAGCUACCAAUUUUUCUUCCAGCAUGAGGGUAAAACAAUGUGCAUUGAUGCAUCUGACACCAACCAUUUAGCUCGUCUUGUGAAUGAUAGUGCUCCAUCAAAACGCUCUUGCAAUGCAAGGAUGAGAAAGAUCAUUAGCUGUUCUGGAACACUACAUUUGUGUUUAUUCUCUCUACGUGAUAUUGAGCAAGGAGAAGAGAUUCGAUACGACUAUGCUGCGAAAGGUCUCUCAUGGAGAAAAAAAGAAAAACUAUAUAACAAGAUAGCAUUGAGUGUAGAUUCCAGGAAUGAAGAUGAUGGGAACUAUGAAACUGUACUGGAUUCUGAAGACGAUGGUGGCUUAAAUUCAGGGUUAUCAAAUUUCAAGAGAUUACAGCAUAUAAAUGAAGCCAUUAUUGAAUGCUGUAAUGGUAAGAAUGACAAAGGGAAGGCAUGUAUCAAAGAAUCUGGAUAUAAAUGCAGAGAUGAGAAUGAACAGGGUGGUUCAGCAGCAUCUAGAGGCAGAAAUGAAGAUGAACCAGGCAUUUUGACACCAUUGGAGGAUGUUAUUCACACAGAUCCUGAAUUUGCACCAGAUUCAGGAGAUCGAGAUAAACAAGAUCCUGAUGUUGCACCAGAUUCAGGAGAUAGAGAUAAACAGAAUCCUGAUGUUGCACCAGAUUCAGGAGAUAGAGAUAAACAGAAUCCUGAUGUUGCACCAGAUUCAGGAGAUAGUGGUAAACAGGAUUCUGAUGUUGCACCAGAUUCAGGAGAUAGAGAUAAACAGGAUCCUGAUGUUGCACCAGAUUCAGGAGAUAGAGAUAAACAGAAUCCUGAUGUUACACCAGAUUCAGGAGAUAGAGAUAAACAGAAUCCUGAUGUUGCACCAGAUUCAAGAGAUAGAGAUAAACAGGAUCCUGAUGUUGCACCAGAUUCAGGAGAUAGAGAUAAACAGGAUCCUGAUGUUACACCAGAUUCAGGAGAUAGAGAUAAACAGAAUCCUGAUGUUGCACCAGAUUCAAGAGAUAGAGAUAAACAGGAUCCUGAUGUUGCACCAGAUUCAGGAGAUAGAGAUAAACAGAAUCCUGAUGUUGCACCAGAUUCAAGAGAUAGAGAUAAACAGGAUCCUGAUGUUGCACCAGAUUCAGGAGAUAGAGAUAAACAGGAUCCUGAUGUUGCACCAGAUUCAGGAGAUAGAGAUAAACAGAAUCCUGAUGUUGCACCAAAUUCAAGAUAUAGAGAUAAACAGACCCCUGACUGUACACUAGAUUCAGCAGAUGAAGAUAAACAGACUCCUGAUGUUGCACCAGAUCCAGCAGAUGAUGACAAUGAUGAUGACUUUGCACCAGAUUCAGCAGAUGAUGACAAUGAUGACUUUGCCCCAGAUCCAGUAGAUGAUGAUGAUAAAGAUUCUGACUUUGCACCAGAUUCAGCAGAUGAAGAUGACAGUGAUAGUACUGACUUUGCACCAGAUUCAGCAGACGAUUGGGACAAUGAUACUGACUUUGCACCAGAUCCAGUAGAUGGAGAUAAACAGGAUCCUGACCUUACACAAGAUUCAAGAGAUGCAGGGCAUUCUGUCACUGUGAUAAACACGCAAGAUCCAUCUACUGUAGAUGAGCAGCCAACAGUUAUGUGCACAGACAAUACAAAUGGAAGAAAAUACAACAAAGGGACAUAUUGCCCAUUUUGCCAACGGUAUGUUAUGAAAUUUCCAAGACAUUUAAGGGAGUUUAAGGCACAUAAAAAUGAACCCCAAGUUGUUGAAUGGUUAGCAACACAAGACAACAAGUUGUUAACAAAGAUGCGAAACUAUGGCAACUUCCUUCACAAUGCAGAGGUGCUAAAAAACAAGGAAGGUGUACUGAUACCAGUAUACCGACCCAACAAAAAAGAUGCUGACUGUGAUAAAUAUGUACCGUGCAAUACCUGCUAUGGCUUUUUUGCAAAAAGAGACCUGUGGAAGCAUAGUUGUGUGUUUGAUGAGAAGACAGAUGAACCAGUCAGGAAGCGCAUGCGAAGAAAUCGUGUCAAAGCUGGUAAAAUGAUGUUACCUUUUGAGGGCUCCGAGGCAGUUCGUGCUAUAUUUGCUGGAUUGAGAGAUGAUGAGGAAGGUGUUGGAAGCUUCAUUAAGAAUGACCCUCUCAUGAAGAAAUUGGCUGACAAGUUUGCUCUCAAGUUGGGACAUGAUAGUGAGCAGUAUAAUCACAUCCGAAAUAAAUUGAGAGAGGUUGGAAGAAUGGUAUUACAAUACAGACGAAAAACGAAGAACAGUACUACAUCUUUGGCUGAUUUAAUUGACCCGAGCAAGUUCAGAGAUGUGGUGGAGGCUACAAGAACAGUAGCUGGGUUUGACGGGAAGAGGCAUUUGUAUGUCACUCCAAGUUUAGCACUCAAACUUGGACAUACCAUGAAGAAGGUCUGUAAUAUAUUGCUAGCAGAAGGUAUAAUGGCAGGUGAUAAGGUCCUUGAGGACAGAUGCAAUAACUUCUCCAAGCUCCUGGACAUGAACUGGCAUGAGCAGGUUUCGUCCCAUGCCCUACGCACACUUACGCAAAACAAGAGGAACAACCCCCAAUUCUUGCCAAUAACAACUGACAUUCAGACCCUGGCAUCAUUCCUGAAGAAAGAAAUGAAACAUGGGAAACAAAAUCUACUCAGUGAUCCAUCGAACAUUCAGCAACAUUGGAAACAUCUGUCUGAAGUUACCCUGACUUUAUUGUUGGUAUUCAACCGCAAGAGAUCAGGGGAGGUUUCUAAGAUGAGAGUAGAAGACCUUCAUAAAUGCAGAAAAGGUUCUGAGGGCCUAACUCUGUUGGAAGGCUUGUCAAAGUGGGAACAAGAACUGUGCAAGAUGUUAUGGCGCAUAGAAAUCGUAGGGAAGAAGGGCCGCACUGUUCCUAUGUUGCUAACUGAGGUAAUGAAGGAUAGCUUGGAUCUACUCAAUCACAACAGAGAGAAAGCUGGGGUUUUGGAUGACAACAAAUUUGUCUUUGCAAUGUUGCAUAGCAAUGGACACAUCAGAGGAUGUGAUACUCUUCGCAAGCAUGCUGAUCUUUGUGGAGCAAGUAGACCAGAGUUUCUUAGAUCAACAAGACUUCGGAAGCAUAUAGGAACAGUCUCUCAACUGAUGAAUCUAGAACGGAAUGAGGAAGACAUCCUUGCAAAGUUCUUGGGGCAUGAUAUUCAUGUUCACAGAGAAUACUAUCGUCUACCAGACGAGACUUUACAACUGGCCAAGGUUUCAAAGGUUUUGCUGCAGUUAGACAGUGGAGAUCUAAGUUGUCUGAGUGGAAAGGGACUUGAUGACAUCCAGUUGGAUAAAGGGGAAGAGGUAAUUUUGGAAGACCCUCUUGAGCCAAAUGAUGACAAUGAGAAUAUUGCGGAUGUCAGUGGUUGUUCCCCUACAACAUCAUCUGAGGAAAAGGUCAUCGAGUACACACAGGACCUACAGAAGACAAGACGCAAAUUACAGAAGAGAGGUUGUUCCCCUACAACAUCAGCUGAGGAAAAGGUCAUCGAGUACACACAGGACCUACAGAAGACAAGACGCAAAUUACAGAAGAGAGCAGGCCCCAAGAGAGUGAAAGCAGUACCUGAAAAGUUGAGUACCGGUAAGAGGAAUCAGAUCAAGCGACCCUGGACUCCUGACGAAAAAGCUGCUGUCCAUGAAACCUUUCACCGUGAGAUUUUCCAAAACAGACUUCCAGGUAAAGGUGUGAUUCAGCAAUGUCUUAACAAAAAGGCAGUUCUUCACAAGCGUACUUGGACGCAAGUUAAAGACUUUAUUAGAAAUUAUCUAAAAUACAAGGGGAAUAAAGGAUUUCUGUAAAAGGAUUUCUGUAAAAGGAUUUCUCCUGUGGUGCAUUUGUGACUUGCUUUUAAUUUUGAGGUGUUGGGUCAUGUACAAUUAUAGAUUCUCCCUGUAUCCUCUCUGCACCAAUACUGGAUGUCCCAGUCUUCUCUACUUUUUUUAUUCUUUAAUUUCUUUAAUGUGAGAUAUGAGAUGAUUGCUCUUGCUAAGCAAAC